AGACAAGGGCUCUGGUUGUACAUGGAGGAUGACUGAAAAAGCCAAUGGUGUGAAGAGCUCCCCAGCCAAUAAUCACAACCAUCAUGCAGCCCCUGCCAUCAAGGCCAAUGGCAAAGAUGACCACAGGACAAGCAGCAGGCCACAAUCUGCAACUGACGAUGACACCUCCUCAGAACUGCAGAGGCUGGCAGACGUGGAUGCCCCACAGCAGGGAAGGGGUGGCUUCCGCAGGAUAGUUCGCCUGGUGGGGGUCAUCAGAGAGUGGGCCAACAAGAAUUUCCGAGAAGAGGAACCUAGGCCUGACUCAUUCCUCGAGCGUUUUCGUGGGCCUGAGCUCCAGACUGUGACAACACAGCAGGGGGAUGGCAAAGGCCACAAGGAUGGCGAGGACAAAGGCACCAAGAAGAAAUUUGAACUAUUUGUUUUGGACCCAGCUGGGGAUUGGUACUACCGCUGGCUGUUUGUCAUUGCCAUGCCUGUCCUUUACAACUGGUGCCUGCUGGUGGCCAGAGCCUGCUUCAGUGACCUACAGCAAGGCUACUACCUGGUGUGGUUGGUGCUGGACUACGUCUCAGAUGUGGUCUACACUGCAGACCUCUUCAUCCGAUUGCACACAGGUUUCCUGGAGCAGGGGCUGCUGGUCAAAGAUACCAAGAAACUGCGAGACAACUACAUCCACACCCUGCAGUUCAAGCUGGAUGUGGCUUCCAUCAUCCCCACUGACCUGAUCUAUUUUGCUGUGGGCAUUCACAGCCCUGAGGUGCGAUUCAACCGCCUGCUGCACUUUGCUCGCAUGUUUGAGUUCUUUGACAGGACAGAGACACGCACCAGCUACCCUAACAUCUUCCGCAUCAGCAACCUUGUCCUCUACAUCUUGGUCAUCAUCCACUGGAAUGCCUGCAUCUAUUAUGCCAUCUCCAAAUCCAUAGGCUUUGGGGUCGACACCUGGGUUUACCCCAACAUCACUGACCCUGAGUAUGGCUACCUGGCUAGGGAAUACAUCUAUUGCCUUUACUGGUCUACACUGACCCUCACCACCAUUGGGGAGACACCACCCCCUGUAAAGGAUGAGGAGUACCUAUUUGUCAUCUUUGACUUCCUGAUUGGUGUCCUCAUCUUUGCCACCAUCGUGGGAAAUGUGGGCUCCAUGAUCUCCAACAUGAAUGCCACCCGAGCAGAGUUCCAGGCUAAGAUAGAUGCCGUGAAACACUACAUGCAGUUCCGAAAGGUCAGCAAAGAGAUGGAAGCCAAGGUCAUUCGGUGGUUUGACUAUUUGUGGACCAAUAAGAAGACAGUAGAUGAGCGGGAAGUUCUCAAGAACCUGCCAGCCAAGCUCAGGGCUGAGAUAGCCAUCAAUGUCCACCUGUCCACACUCAAGAAAGUGCGCAUCUUCCAUGAUUGUGAGGCUGGCCUGCUGGUAGAGCUGGUACUGAAACUCCGUCCUCAGGUCUUCAGUCCUGGGGAUUACAUUUGCCGCAAAGGGGACAUCGGCAAGGAGAUGUACAUCAUUAAGGAGGGCAAGCUGGCAGUGGUGGCUGAUGAUGGUGUGACUCAGUAUGCCCUACUCUCUGCUGGAAGCUGCUUUGGAGAGAUUAGUAUCCUUAAUAUUAAGGGCAGUAAAAUGGGAAAUCGACGCACGGCUAAUAUCCGCAGUCUGGGCUACUCAGAUCUCUUCUGCUUGUCCAAGGAUGAUCUCAUGGAAGCAGUGACUGAAUACCCUGAUGCCAAGAAGGUUCUAGAAGAGAGGGGUCGGGAGAUUCUCAUGAAGGAGGGGCUGCUGGAUGAGAAAGAAGUGGCAACCAGCAUGGAGGUGGACGUGCAAGAGAAGCUAGCGCAGCUGGAGACCAACAUGGAAACCUUGUACACUCGCUUUGGCCGCCUGCUGGCUGAGUACACAGGGGCCCAGCAGAAGCUCAAGCAGCGCAUAACGAUUUUGGAGACCAAGAUGAAACAGAACAAUGAAGAUGACUACCUGUCUGAUGGGAUGAACAGCCCCGAGCCGGCUGCUGCUGGCAAGCCAUAACGCCUGGGGCCCAAUUGCCUCUCCAUCCUUGGCUUUGAUCCCAGGAGCUAGAGGAGCUAUUUAGAUCUCCGGAUUUAUAUGAAUUGACUUCAUGUCCCCUGAAUUCUCUCCAAAGCCUCUCUGACCCCAGGUUUUUGGCCUAAACAUCCAAGAUUCUGCCUCCAAGUUUAGCCCAAGUUUUUGGAGAGUAAAGACUGUGUUGGCCGGGCUUCCGGGAGCUUCAGCCUGCCUAAGUCUGAGGAAGGGAGAAGGGAGUAGCUUAUCUGUCUUGAAGGGGUCUGUCUGGGACCAGUAACCUGGGCAAUGAUCUGCUCUGAAGAAGCCCAUUUGCAAAAUGCCAUACACCUUGCUGCAGUACUGCCCCCCUCUGGCUCUUUUGCACCUAGACCCUCCUCCCUUGGUUCUGUACCCCACUUUUCUAACAUGUUUUCUGAAUACUCCCUUUCCUCUGCACAUGCAUGUACUUCGAUCACCGACUAUAGACAUUUAGGCCAGGUCCCCAGUGUCUGUCUCCCAAGACAGACCAAGGAAUGUGAUAGUGUUGUUGUGAGAGGGCAGGAGGGUGCCCACUCAGGGCUGUUCCUCCCCAUCACACACUCCAGUUCCUGCUCUGUGGAUCGAUUGGUCUGUUUGCUAGCCAGGAUGAGGUCUCUGCAGACUUCUCUGGACCAGGGAGAUGGACCCAGCUUCUGGUCCAUUCCACGGCAGGCAGUGAGUAGGAAGGCAACUGGCAAUUGUCCGCCUGGAGACAGGGGUAGCAGGCAGCUCUGGCCGCACCCUCCUCUCUGCAGAGCAUUUCUGAAGAGGACCUGAAAACUGCUGGUGGUGGGGAGACUCUUCAAGUUAAUAACUGUAUUAGAGGCACCUACGAGUUCAAAUUCCUUUGAAUUAUCGGUGGUUAUUGCUCAACUCUGUUAUUCACAUUCUCUCCCUCCCUCUAUUAAUCCCUCUCUUUUCCCUAUAUGGUUGUCCAUCAGUAUUCAUGAGGGACUGCUUUCAGGAGUCCCCAUGAAUAACAAAAUUUGUGUAUGUUCAAGUCUCUGAUAUAAAAUGUCGUAGUAUUUGAAUAUAAACUAUGCACACCCUUCCAUAUUUUAAAUCAUAUCUUGAUUAUUUGUAAUACCUAAUACAAUGUCAGUGCUAUGGAAAUAGCUGUUAUACUGUAUCUUCUUUGUAUUAUUUUGAUCUUUUAUUUUUUUCCUGAAUAUUUUCAAUUGGUUGAACCUGCAGAAGUAAAAUGCAAGGAUAUGAAGGACAGACUAUACUUUUCUUUGCUCCUAACCAGAACUUUUUCAA